AGUAGCAAAGUUGCUGCGAAGCUUUAAAUAUCCCUUAAGAUCAUUUCAAGUUUAAUUCACACGGAAACGAUGAGUUAGAAUUUUAGGAUUAGAUAACGGCCGAUAAAAAUAGUAACAAAACAAAGUUUCGUAAGAGACUCGAACUUUUUUGUAAAUAUUUAUAUUUGCCCUACUACUUUUCACCGAUCCGAAAAAAAGAAGGAAAAAGAGCUGAAACUCGCCGCGACGAAUCCGACGUGCAGCAACACUUGAAACAACAUCCUAUCGGCACGAAAAUCCGAGGAUCGAAUUGGAAACGAUAUAAAACCUGUUUUACCGAGGGAAGUAUAAGUAUAUCACGAGAUGGAGCGAGAAGGAGGACAGGAUGCGAAACGCGUGCAAUCGAGAUGGAUGAAGGAGGAUGUGCCUUAUUUAAAAAUAGGUAAUUUCGUUCUGAUGGCAGAGCUCGAGGAGGACGAGUUUUCGAGGGAGAAGGCGAGGAACGAGCUGCGCGAGACACCCGAGAUCGUGGAGCAAUCUUUGAAGGACUUCAGGGCGAUGAUUAAAGCCGAAUCCAAUCUCGUUGUCCCGGACGACGAUGAAUUUUGCAAGAAAUUCCUGCGUCCUUGCAAAUGGUAUCCAAAGAGCAGUUUCGAAUUGUUGAAAAGGUAUUACAAAUUCAAAUUGAACAAUCCUCGCUUCUGCCUCGAUCUCUUACCAACCAACGAGCAAAAAGUGCUAAUCUCAGAGAUCGCGAUCCCGUUACCAGAGAGAACGGCAGACGGUUGCAGAGUAAUUUUAUUUAACACUGGAAAACAAUGGAAUCCGAAAAUAAUCACCGGCGAUGAAAUAUUUCGAGCGACAAUAUUGUUGAUGGAGGCGACUGCGAUCGAGGCGAAGACGCAGAUUUGCGGAAUCCACGCGAUUAUAAAUAUGGCCGGGUUUUCAUUGAGCCAUGCUACGCACAUCACUCCGAGUUUCGCAGCAGCGAUGACCGAAUGGAUACAGAGAUCUUUGCCAUGUCGAAUAAAGGGUAUACACAUAGUGAAUCAACCCUUCAUAUUCAAGAUGGUCUACGCAAUUUUCAAACCUUUUCUUCUGGAGAAGACACGUAAGAGGCUUCACUUUCACGGCACAGACAGGGAGGCAUUGAUCUCUUUCGUCGGAGUGAAAAAUUUACCUAUCGAGUUUGGCGGUGAACUCGAGAUGCCGAACAAACCGAUUGGCCAAGACAUUUACGAAUAUCUGCACAAAUUCGAGAAAAUAUUCGAAGAGCUCAACAAAUUUGGAUAUGCUGUGAAUGCAAAAUCAUGAGGAGCAGGAUCGUUGUGAAUUUGUGAUUUGAAAAUGACGAGGUAACGAGAUUCAAGGUAACGUUGUCUCCGAUGGAUCUCAAUCGGGUCGAGACAACAACAACAAGGGUGGAUGGGUAAACCGAUGAUAAGAAUUCGAUAUAAAUCAUUACUUGAGUUAUCAAACGAUUAUGGUCGAGAGAUCCAAAUCGUUAUUGCCGCAACGGAUCUUUAUUCUUUCUUGCGUGUGGGUAAUUUUUUUUUUUUUUAUUCUGAAAAAUAAAAGUAAGCAACGAAAAAUGAUAAAG